GGUAUGCCCUUUAGCAGUACGCUGAAAUAUAUAUAAAUUGGUCGAAGUAUGGAUUAUCGUGUGAUAGGCUGUCGACAUGGCCGCGCCGUGCCGCCGUUGCCGUCGCUGCUGCUGUUGCCGUCCCCACCGCCGCCACGGUCGCUGAGGCUGUCCGUGAAUGACUUUCUCCUGCGCCAUUCAUGCAAUGGCGGAGCGCACGUGUUAGCGAGAGCCGAACCCAGGAGUCGCGGACCCCCAUUCGCCACCGCCGCCGCCUCGCUCGCCCGCUCGCCGCCGCGGCCCGCCGCCUCCGCCGCCGCCGGCCACGUCUUCGCUGCUGCUGCUGCUAUUGCCGUCGCCGCCGCCGCAGCCGCCGCCGCCGCGCCGCACAGCGCCUGAGCCCGCCCGCGGGCCGUGUGGGCGAUCCACGCUACUACCCGAGCCGCAAACAUUGGCCGAUGCGCCCACGAGCGACGGCUUUCUGCGAGGAAAUGCGGCGCGCGCCCGUCGCCGCGCGGUAGCCAGGGCGCCCCCGGCCUCGACGCCCGCUGCUAGCAUGUGCGCAGGCUUAGCGAUGCGACAGACUGCCUCGGCCCGGUGCCCGCCAAGGGAUUAUGCUUGCAAGUGGCAGGGAGAGCCACAAGACUAAAUCAGGUUCGUUGUGGACGCCCCGCGAUGUGUUGUGUGUGCUACAAAGCCCCUGCUUUUUAAGAGCGAUAACAGUAUCGCGUCGCUAAGGUUGUUGUGGUGUGUAGUUUCGCUGUGGUCGUGAUGCGAAUGAGGUGUGCGCGUUGUGACAUACGCUGUGGUGAGGAUAGUGAUGUGUUUUGCGUGGAAGUCUUGCAUUCCAUGGCUCUUCAAAUGUGGAAAAUGCGCAUCCCUUACCUUCGUAUGUUUCGUGAUUACGUCCGCGAGUGAUUUGUUAGAUGCUAGGAUUAAGUGUGUGAUUGUUACUAUUCGAUCGUAAUUCGAGUGUCGUGCCAUCUCUGCAUGAUAACGUAAUUUUGCAAAUAAGUGAAUUCAACCAUUUUUAAUAUAUAGAAUUAGUUCGUUGCGGAGGUUGUCGAACACAAAAUGAAACUUCGAAUUCGGUUUUCGUUAAUUUUUUUUAUGUCGAAGAUUUAUGUCGACUGAAGUGGUUACAAUAGUUUUUGUGAUUUAAUUUUUAACCAUUUAUCAUUUCAUUUUCAAACGUUUUAGCUCAGAUGUGUAAACGCUGAUUGAUAUGACGGUAUUUACAAGACUUCAUUACAUCACGUUACAAUUUUCAUAGUUUUCUUUCUGACGAUUUCCUGUCUCGCUCACUUCACCAUUCGUAAAACACUGAUGUAGUGAUACAUGCUGAAUGAUUGAGUGUAAUUGCUAGGCUUUUCUCGUGAUUGCGAAAGUAUUAUUUCGGAUUCCGCCAAACAGAUCGUGGAGUGGCCUAUCGUGCUACGUGAGUGGUUAGUGUGAAUGGGAGCAAAUACCUUACGCGUUGCCAUGUUGGUGAUUGAGACAGGCGCGAUCAUUUAACGAUAGUAUUUUCUUGACUUCGUUACAAAGUAGCAGGAUAAAAGAGAUGGACGGGAAUCUGAAAAACAUAUACAGGAAAAACGGACACUUUACUAUUAAUGAAUUUCUGAAUGAAGUCAUAUUAGUGACAGAGUUGUGAGUCACCGAUAAGCAUAGGAGUUUUACGCAAACGUUCAAGGAAAAGGUGAAUUAAAGUAACUCACUAGCACAUUCACAACAUAGCUCGCUCGCAAAGUAGGUUAUGAAUGGACGCGUCGGAGGCAUACUCUUGCCUUGUACGUUUCACCGCUGUUAUUCCGAUACGGAAAAAACCUGAUAUGAUGAAUAUGCAGUGGUUACGAACUCUUUUUCUGUAAUCUCCGAUAGAUCAAUUCCCGAAUGGGAUAUUAUUUUGAUGUUUGUUUUUAUUACAUUUGUUUUUGGUAUCCAAUUGGUGAUAUUGAAAAACUUUAAUUUUCAUUUAAUUUCAACGUUGCACCCAGGAAAC